AUGGACGAUGAAGAAGAAGAAGAAGAAGAAGAAGGGCCAUCUAUCGGAGCAAGACCCCGUUCAACUAAGCAACCAAAUCCUCUUAACCAACCUAAACGAGAACGCCAAGCGCAACAAAGAGGGAGAGGACAAGCUCUACGUGAUAGACAAGGCCAACAAGAUGGUGGAAUACAAGAUGAGCAAGGAGAGAGAGAACAAGCUGGUGAGCAAGGACGUGCAGGACAAGCUGAGCAGAGAGGGAGAGGGAGAAGACAGGCUGAGCAGAGAGGGAGAGGACACGCUGAGCAGAGAGGGAGAGGACACGCUGAGCAGAGAGGAAGAGGACAAGCUCAGCAAGAACUUGAAGGACAAUUAGGUGGAAGACAAGCUGUGCCAGUCGAACCUCAAACCAGGAUACCGUCAUUUCGUGAUGGUAGCAUCAUUCAGAGAGACUGGACAACCUCAGGGCUUAUUGGUGAUCCCAUAGAUCAAAAAGAAGAUACGUGCGGAUCAGUUGUCUUUACACAUCUCUUACAAGCUUCAUAUAACAAAGAUAAGCCCAUUGCUCAGCAUCGUGAUCUAUCAUAUCUAGGUUUAGCAAACCACAUCCGAAGCCAAACCAAUUCCAAAGUUUUUGCCUUCAGAAACUUGAACAUACCGAUCAACUACAUAAGAAGUGUAGGACUCAAAGGCAAAAGAGCACGUGGACACGGGGUUCCGACCACGGGUCACUUUGAGCAACAACAGGAUGCUUCAAGAACAUUUGUUUAUGACACGUUGGAGAGGACACCUUUGGGAAUUAUCAUAAAUUACUUUCCUGUCUUUGGAAAUGUUGGAAUGGGAAUCUAUCAUGUGCCACGCGCUCUAGAUGAUAAAACUCAUGAGCAUGCUCUACUUGUUGUUGCAAGAGGCGUGACAAAUGAUGGAGUAGAGUUUGUGGUGGUUCAGAAUUCAUGGGGAGACACAUUUGGCAACAAAGGUUAUUGUAGAUUGUUUCUCCCAGCUGAUGGUAGUUUUAAAAUCUUUUGGCCACACUUUGAUUAG